CGAAUAUUUUUUUUCCCGUUUGCCAUCAAUUAGUAAAGUCAUUCCUUCCUUCCAUCACCGCUCAUUCCUCUCGAAGAGCAAAAAAAAUGACCAAGGGAACAAAAAGAGCCUCACCAGGAGCUGACGAGGAGAAGAACCUUUUCGGUUCUGUCGAACUUUCUGACGAGGAUGCAAAAAGACUCGACGUUGUACAAAAAGAGCUUCAACGCGCUGAGCUGGUUGUCGAGAGAGAAGUUCAGACGAAACUCGUCCCUGUAUAUGAAAAGCGUCGUGAGGUCGUCAAGACCAUACCAAAAUUCUGGCCGAUUGCCCUGCUGAACCACAAUGUGUUUGCCAUCUACGCUCAGCACAACGCGGAUCAAGUGGCACUGAGCUACCUUGAAGACGUGUGGAUUGUGAGGGACCCAAGAGAGUUUAGGUGUUACACGAUCGAAUUCCACUUCAAAGAAAAUCCUUACUUCCAUGAUCAAGUCCUCAAGAAGGAGUACCAAUACGUUGCGGCUCAUGCUACUGAGGAUGACAAGCCGGACGAAGAUGGGAUUACACAGAGAAUGCUUGAGUUUUCCUGGGAGCGUGAUAUCAAGCCAUCAACCACCAAAAUCAAUUGGAAAGACGAAGAUAAAGCAUUGACCAAGCUCUAUCCCAGGAAAGAGAGUGAGGUCGAGGAUGAGGAAGACGAGGACAUCCCUGCCGACAGUGGAAGCUUUUUUAACUUUUUCGAGUUGGAGUCUGAUCCGUUAGAGAUUGGGGUCAGUAUCUGCAACGAAAUCUUCCCGGAAGCGAUCGACUAUUUUUUGGGUCGAGCAGGGGGAGAAAGCCUCGACUCUGAUGAAGAAGACGAGGAUGACGAUGACGACGCGGAAGAGAUUGAUUUGGAGAAGCCCAAGGCCAAGAAACAGAAGGUUUAGAGGAAGGCCGCUCUGCUAUACCCUCCUUUCAGUUCCUACCUUGAAAAAUCGGUCACGUUCUGUUCUACAUCUAACAUACGGAUUUUGAGUCAAUGCGCUAUCAGUACUUUGUUGGCGUGGCAGCGGCAGAGCACUUUAGACCUCAAGUAUUUCAGUGGAGUAUUUGUUUGAUGUGAUGUGCAUAGGUUUUAUGUUGCAGCGUUCCGCGAAAAGAUGUGUUUAAAAAUAUUCAAGCUAUUUUAGGUAGCACAGAUGCCG